AUGACCUUGUAUACAGGGGUCAUUGAUGCUAAAGAUAUGGUGACGGAUCCGGAUCUCGCACCGUACAUAUCGUCCGAUGAGUGGGCAAUAGGCAUGUCACCCGGUCGCUGUAUGAUGGGACAUCCCGUGGCGGCGAGAACCCAAUAUGCGAUCCAUCUAUUUUAUUGGGACAAACUAGAUAGGCUUCCUCAGGGCGGCGAAGAGAGUUGGGAAGAUCUCUGUUCUAUAGACGGUAUCAGCACUUCGGACGCUUACGGCCCAGCAUUCCAGACGAUGCUCAAGCUGACCACCAACCUCAUCCGUACGCAAUGGAAGAAUCAUGAGAACACAGUCGAAUGGGUGGACUCCACUGGCCGAAUGGUUCUGCUCGGCGACGCGGCGCACCCGUCCUUCCCUGGAGGGACCCACUCGAUAAGCCUGGCCAUCGAGGACGCAGUUGUGCUCGGCUCACUUUUCUCUCAUCUGAGCACGAUAGACCAAGUCCCCUCUUUUCUCGGCGCCUACCAGGAGCUCCGCCAGCGGCGGUGCGAGCUUGUCAUGGCCGCGGACAUCAGUAAAACUGACAAUCUCUUAACUACUUAUGGCUCUUAA